GUACUUCAGGACCGGGUGGAAAUAAGGGACCAACAGGACCCCCUGGGCCUCCUGGUGCUCCCGGGCCUAGCACACCUGGAUCUGAAGGACCAGGUGGGAAUAAGGGUCCGGGUGAAAGCCCCGGUAAGCAACCAGGCGGUAAUAAGAGUCCGGGCGAAAGCCCCGGUAAGCAACCAGGUACUUCAGGACCGGGUGGAAAUAAGGGACCAACGGGACCACCUGGCCCACCUGGGCCUCCUGGUUAUCCUGGGCCUAGCAACCCUGGAUCUAAAGGACCAGGCGCAAGCCUGGGUCUAAUGGACCAAGCGGUAAUAAGGGUCCGGGCGAAAGCCCCGGUAAGCAACCAGGUACUUCAGGACCGGGUGGAAAUAAGGGACCAACAAGACCUCCUGGGCCUCCUGGUGCUCCAGGGCCUGGCACACCUGGAUCUGAAGGACCAGGAGGAAAUAAGGGUCCAAGUUCAAGCCCCGGUAACACACCAG